CCCAGCAGACACUCCAGAUCGGAGCUAUGGGGGCACACACUCAGGACAUCCCAUAUCCUAUGAACCACAAAUCAAGAUAUUUACACGCUAUGUUCACAUACAAACAUGCUCUCGUUACCAAACUAUAUAUUUGCUCCUUAUUUUAUUCUCCACAACCAAGUUUGUCUUUCUAUGGGAGGGCCGUGCCAUUGCGUUUUGUGCUUUACCAUCCAGGAUGGACCUUUCUUUCUAUUUUCUUUUAGCUCCCUAACUGCAAAUUUUUGAUUUGAUUCUCAGCUACACCUGUCAGGGAUAAAUAUGCAGACGCCUGGGAAAUCCAGCUGUGUUAGCUGAGCUGAGAAAUAACCCUGGGAAAUGGAUGGGGGCGGGAUGGCUGCUCCGUGAGUAUUCCACCCCCCUUCCUCGGUGGGAAAAAAAUAUUUCUUUCCUACUAUUAGCGAUGCAGGUCUCAUCUGCUUGCUCUGAGCUCAUCGGGAGGGAAAAAAAACCUAACAACCCACCCAGGCUGGAGGGGAGGGCAGGGGUAUAUAGGGCCAGGGCGCAGGCGGCGCGGGCAGACGGCACCAUGCGACGGCUGCUGCAGACCCUCUGCCUGCUGCUGCUGCUGCCCUCACACCAUGGAGCUGUCAUCACAGGGGCCUGUGAGCGAGACCCGCAGUGCGGCAGUGGGACGUGCUGUGCUGUCAGCCUCUGGCUGCGGGGUCUGAGGAUGUGCACCCCGCUGGGGCAGGAGGGGGACGAGUGCCAUCCCUUCAGCCACAAGGUCCCAUUCCUGGGGAAGCGCCAGCAUCACACCUGCCCCUGUUUGCCCAACUUCAGCUGCUCCAGGUUCCUCGAUGGCCGCUAUCGCUGCUCGCUCGACUUCAAGAACUUCGACUUUUAGGUGAUGGAGCUGUGAGUUUCAUCCCAGCCUGCAGCCCCCAGCGCCCAUUUCUCUCCCCUCUCUUUGCUCAGUGCACUGUAUCCCCCCCCAGACAACCCUACAAGCACUUUUCCGAGCAUCGCUACAAGCCACGUGCAUGGGGAAACUGAGGCACGGUCAAGCAGAGCUGCUCUGGCACAUUGCUUAGCAAAGCUGUGCCCCAGGGCAGAUGGAGGACAGCAAAUCUCUUUGACCUCCAAAAACCCUUUCAUGGAGCAUAGCCUGCAUGCAGUGGAUGCUGUCAGCCAGAUUUCGCCUCCAUCCAUUCUUUUACUGAUGAAAUUUGGGAGGAGUGAACUUUCUCAUCCAACCUGCAAUUAAAAGAAACAUCUAUCAAUUAGCUUGGCUAAUUAGGGGUUGGGUUUUCCCAGGUGUUCAAGCUCUGGUGCAAAGCAUCAUGCAAUGCCAUGUGUUUACUGGGGGACUGGGGGGGAGUGGAUCUGUCUGCUGCCCAGUGGAGGUCUGUGGGAUGUGGGGAGUUUUCUACGUCAGCUUCUAUUUCUGGUGGUCAAAUUUGAGAGGACAAUGCAUCCCUUAAAGCAGUGGCAGUGCUUGAAGGCAAAGCUGGCUGUGGGGCAUGGAAGUGCUCGGGGUCUGUGCCCCCCCUCCUCUUUUUGGUGCAUUUUUAUGGGGUUUGGUGCUAUUGUAGUAAUUGUUUCUGUUUCUAAGGAUGCCCAUUGGAUGUCUGUGGCAGAUGCUGUGUUAAUGGAGAAUGUAAAAUAAACAAGACUGGGAGAAAGCUUCCCCACCCUUCUGUCUCCCCCAGUGAAAUAUUGUAUUUUGGGUGAAAAUAAAACAUUGCAAUGCCUGGGUUGAUUUUA